AUGUACAACUAUAAACCAGUUUGUAAGAUAGGAGAGGGAACAUUUGCUGAUGUUCUGAAGACACUGAGUCUUAGGGAUGCAAAGUACUAUGCAUGUAAACGCAUGAAGCAACCAUUUCAAAGUAUGAAACAAGUGAAUGAUCUGAGAGAAGUAAAAGCACUAAGAAGGCUGAAUCCUCAUCCUCAUAUCAUUACGUUGCAUGAAGUUAUUUUUGAUAAAAAAGAUGGCACCCUUUCACUGAUCUGUGAACUUAUGGACCUGAGUAUUUAUGAACUGAUAAAAGGAAGGAGAAAGCCAUUACCUGAAAAAAAACUUAUGAACUACAUGUACCAGUUAUGCAAAUCUCUUGAUUACAUACAUAGAAAUGGGAUAUUUCACAGGGAUGUGAAGCCAGAAAACAUAUUAAUAAAGAAGAACACCCUGAAGUUGGGAGACUUUGGAUCUUGUACAAAUAUCUAUUCUAAGCAGCCCCAUACAGACUAUGUCUGCACACGCUGGUACCAAGCACCUGAAUGUUUGCUUACAAAUGGCUACUACAGUUACAAAAUGGAUGUUUGGAGUGCUGGCUGUGUUUUCUAUGAAAUGGCAAGUUUUCAGCCUCUCUUUCCUGGAUAUAAUGAGCUGGACCAGAUUUCCAAAAUCCAUGACAUUUUAGGCACUCCUGCUAGCAAAACUCUCCUCAAGUUCAAGCAGCCAAGAAUUGCCAGUUUUGAUUUCCCCAUUAAGAAAGGAAAAGGAAUACCUCCUCAUGUGCACAAUUUGUCUGCCAAAGGCUUCUCUCUCCUGUAUGCAAUGCUAAAAUAUGACCCUGAUGAGAGAAUUGCUGCCCAUCAAGCAUUACAGCACUCUUAUUUUCAAGAACUCUGGGGAGCUGAUACACAACCUUUGGCCUUGCACAAAAAAAUAAGAUUACUUGGAAAUAAAUCAGGGUCGGUACCUCUGCAUUUGUUGCAAGUUUCAAAGGGAAGUCAAAGACAGCAUUAUGUUGGGCGAGUCCAGGAAAAAACAAAACAACAUGGAGCUUCUGGUACAGAAUUACCAAAAAUCAGUAAUUCUGGACUAGCCUCACUGCCUUCCUGCUCUACUCCUACAUUACAUUCUGUUUUCCAGCCACCUAAGGAAAAUGGUGAAGCCUCCGUGUUGCGGUCCCUUAGAUUUUUUGGAUCAAACAUCAAGUCUGAGAAACAGAAGGAACUUAAGUCUUCCCUGAACCAUUUCCACUUACCUGCUAUAGAACCAAGAGGAGGAGGUUACCAACCACCUUGUAAAGCACCGGAGUGUGAGAAAACACAUGGCCAUGCAGGGAGAGACCGACUUGUGCUGCCCUUGCCAGAGAUCUCCCCAGCUCAGCAGCACCUUGUUCUGUGUUUCUCUGACAAUCUGUAG